UCGGCAACAUGAAUGUUAUCAGGGAAUAAGGAAAGUUAAAGUCAAGUCACAAUUCCUGUACCUAUGUACAGAUGCAUGAAGUUCUCCAACGACCAGCUUCAGCAUGAUGGGUUCUCUUACAACUGGGUGUUACAUUCUGGUACUGGUCGCCGUUUCACAUGGCUACGAUAUCUGCUACAUCGACAACCUUUUUCGUGAUACACUGUGUGAGUACGGGUGCUGUGGAAGCGGUGACAACAAAUACUGUUGUCCCAACACCAAUUACCAUCCAACCCUUCCAGUUCCGGCGAUAGUAGGGAUCGCAGUUGGUGUUGUUGUUUUCUUCAUCGUCUCCUGCAUCGUGUGCAGUGCGUGUUUCUGCAACAAUGCAUCACGUCGUGCACGUGGGCAAGUGGUGGGGAGCAACUAUCCGAUGUCUGUGGUAGUCGCGGGCACACCAAAUACAGCCUACGCCCCCGGUUACGUCGGCCCCCCUCAACCCGCACCGGUGACACACUACCCAGGAGAUGCAGGGACGACAUUCCCCCCACCGCCCUACCCUGUGCAGACGGGUGCAUAUUACCAACAACCAACAGCUUUGCCCACGACAUAUCCCUAAAUCCUAUUUGAUCAAUACAAUCAAAUCAUACACAACGCUACUGCAUAUUGCAGAAUCUACCUUGCUACUUUUAAUGAAGUGAUUUUACACAAAGUUAUUGACGGACACCGGGCUUCUACCACUGACAUCCACUGGUCAUUAUUGUUGUUGUUGUUGUUAUUAUUAUUAUUAUUUACAGAUUAAAAUAAAAAAUGUAGCAAAGAGGGUUUGUGUUAUCUUGGCACAGUCAGGCUGGUUAGGCUCAUCAUCAGCUCAGGGCCCUUGCCCCCUUUACACGCAGCCCAGACAGCGAAUGGGACUUCUCCCAGGAAGCGCUGCCUAGUCAAACCCACCCAGGACUUUUCGGAGAAUGUGAAGACUCCCCAACACUGCAGCCUUCUGCAUUACCCAGAUUGUCAGAAGGGCUGUAUUCCUGGUAGCAAACCCGGGUACUCUCCCAAUGUCAGUCAACAGAUUGGGAGGCACCAAACCUAAGGCACCCAGAACAAUGGGGAGUCGGACUUGGGAUGCAAGGGUGACAUUUCGAGAGCGAGGUCCGCAUAUUUGCCAUAUUUUUAUUAUAUACUUCAGUGUGAAGGACUAAGUUUUCUGCAGUUGAGAUGAUAUUUUCAUUGCAGUGUACAUAAUACUUGCUACUUCACUGCAAUGAACAUAGCACUUUGACGGGACUAUUGUUUUACUGGAGCUACCUCCCCGCAAAUUGUCUCCCUUUAUUGUAAGUGCCAGCACGUACACAAACUGUUGACUUCCUUUUUUCGUCAGUUUCACACUGUGACAACGCACAAUGUCACAGAGAGCCAUUUAUUGGGCUAAUAUCGCUUCUUGCCUUUUGUUUUUCUCUUGAAAAUGUUUCGUUAUAAACUCUAAAUUUCUCAUUUUUAAUUCGUAAAUCGAGACUGUUCCUUUUGUAAAACGCCAUUUUUGUCACUUGACCAGCAUGUAUUAAUUCGAUUCCAACAGCGGUCUCGCAGAUUUCAAGAAUACUUUUUGUUCAAGUUGAUUAAAUGUAUAAACUCAUAUCCAAAUGUCAAUAAAGAAUAUUAAUGAA